AUGGCAGAGCAGAACAGCGGCGUCAGAUAUCAAGAGCUGGUGAAUGAGGAGGAGCCACUCCCGACAUCUCAAGAGGGUCCCGCUCCGGACGCACCGCCCCCCUACAGCAGCGUUGCCGCAGCAAAUGCAGCUUUCUUUGAAUACAAGGAAGAUGGCGGCAGAUUCCCUAACCCGCCGUCUUACAGCGUGGCUACCACUUUGCCAUCCUACGACGAAGCGGAGAGAAGCAAAGCGGAAGCCGCUGUCCCCCUUGUCACCGGGAGAGAGGACGAUUUCGUGGCCCGAGAUGAUUUCGAGGAUGCCGACCAGCUGCGGAUAGGCAACGACGGCAUAUUCAUGCUCACUUUCUUCAUGGCAUUCCUCUUCAACUGGAUCGGCUUCUUCUUGUCCUUCUGUUUGACCACGUCAGCCGCCGGUCGUUAUGGCGCCAUCUCAGGCUUUGGCUUGUCCCUCAUCAAAUGGGUUUUAAUCGUCAGGUUUUCGACCUACUUCCCCGGCUACUUUGAUGGCCAGUACUGGUUGUGGUGGGUGUUCCUGGCCUUGGGCUUCAUGCUGUUCGUCAGAGGCUUCGUCAAUUACUCCAGAGUGCGCAAGUUGGCCGAUCCCACCUACGCCAGUCUACCCCGAACAAGGGUGCUCUUCAUCUAUUAG